CAAACUCGCAGCUCCAUGGAGGAAACGCGGGACGACCCCCACCCCUCCCGGGGCCCCUCGGGGUUUUCCUCGGCGGGCUCGCUGAAGGAGGAGCUGCUGUGCCCCAUCUGCUACGAGCCCUUCCGCGAGGCCGUGACCCUCGGCUGCGGCCACAACUUCUGCCGGGGCUGCGUCCGGCGCUCGUGGGAGCGGCGGCUCCGCUCCUGCCCCGUCUGCAAGGAAACCUCGGCCCGCGACGAGCUGCGGGUCAACCACACCCUCAGCAACCUGGUGGAGAUGAUCCUCAAGGAGGAGGAGGAGGAGGAGGAGGAAGAAGAGGGCGGGAGGAGGGGGAGGAAAGGGAGGAGGGCAGCGCUGUGCCCGCUGCACGGCGAGGAGGCGAAGUUCUUCUGCCUGGAGGACAAGGAGCUGGCGUGCGGCUCCUGCCGCAGCUCCGCGGGGCACCAGGGGCACAAGGUGCGGCCCGUGAGGGAGGCGGCGGCGGAUUUCAGG